AAUAAACAUGGCGACUCAGUCACAAUCCACAUCAUCGAAAGACAGCUAUGCUGUAAAUUUUGACGAUUUUGGGGCUCCUCAGAGUCAGACAUACGAUUCUCAAAAUGCCCCAGGAUAUAAUCCAAAUAUGGAAGAAUUUCAGUUUGUGCAGACUGCAGCCACUCCAGAAAAACUUGCAGUGGAAGGUUCUAUUAAAAAAAGUGAAGGUCAGACUCUAUCCAGCCCUUAUGGAGUGAAGAAGCGAUCUGCUGCUUCAAAAUUUCUGGAAAAUCGUGGAUUUGGCUGGUUAACGGAAGAAGAAGAAUUAGAUGAGGAAGAUCAAAAACCACUUUUAGAGGAGUUGGACAUUGACCCAAAGGAUAUCUACUAUAAAUUACGCUGUGUACUUUUCCCUCUCCCCCAACUUGGAUUUAAUCGCCAUGUAGUCCGAGAAAGUCCUGACUUCUGGGGUCCACUUGUGGUCAUACUUCUUUACUCUCUGGUGUCACUGUAUGGACAGUUCAGGGUGGUGUCCUGGAUUAUAACAAUAUGGAUUUGUGGAUCACUCAUCAUUUUCUUGUUGGCAAGGGUUCUUGGUGGGGAGGUGAGCUAUUCUCAGUGCCUGGGUGUGAUUGGUUACUCUGUGUUACCACUAGUUAUCACUGCAGCCAUAUUGCCACUCUUCAGGAGAUUUCACUAUGUCAGUCUGUUAUUAAAGUUUUUUGGAGUGCUUUGGGCAGCCUACAGCGCAGGGUCUCUGUUGUGUGUUCAGGAACUUCAGCAGAAGCGCACCCUCCUGUUGUACCCAGUGUUCCUCCUGUACAUCUACUUCCUGUCUCUGUACACAGGAGCCUGAUUUAAACAAAACUGACAAUAAACUGCAUUUACUCUACAUAAUCAUGUGCAUAUAUUUAUGACGUUCUUUGUGCCUGUGUGAAACAGUGGUAUAUUUUGUUAUAUUAUCUAAAAUCUGUGAUAUUUAAAAUAGAAAAUGUCUUUAAUGAUAAUCUGCCAGCCAUAUCCAUAUGUACAUGUAAGCAACAGCAUAACUUAAGUGAUGCUUAUAAUUUAAGAAUUCAUACCCAGAUGUCUACAUGGGUGCAUGUAUUUUUAAGAAUAUAUGUAUAUAAUUCAAAAAGAAGGGCUUUGGUGCACAUCCUUUUAUUGCAAGUAUCUUGUUUAAGCACUUGUUAGAGUAGGACACGAUGUCCAGCAUAGAAGGGAAAUCCUGUGAGAAAUUCCUUGUUAGCAGGUCAAGUUCAUGUACCAAAAACAUUAAAUAAUAGAGUACAUAAUUGUGGUUUUAUGCUAUUAAAUUAUUAAUCAUAUUAAAAUAGGUGUGAUCGUUUGGGAAAUUAUAAUUGUAAAUAUACUGGAAUACAUGAGAACUUAAAUAUUAAAAACAAUAAAAUCA